GGUGUUCGUGUAAUCACAGAGCGGGCCACUGAUGGGGCCCUGCCAGGAGAAGACUGGACCCUUAACAUGGAGAUUUGUGACAUCGUUAGUGAGACCGAGGAUGGCCCCAAAGAUGCCAUCAGGGCCAUCAGGAAGAAACUGUCUGGAAACAAGAAUUUUCGGGAGGUCAUGCUGACACUAACGGUGCUGGAGACGUGCGUGAAGAACUGCGGCCACCGCUUCCACACGCUGGUGGCUCAGCGCGACUUUGUGGAUGGAGUCCUCGUCAAGGUGGUGCAGCCCAAGAACAACCCUCCCGCAUUGGUGCAGGACAAGGUGCUCAGCCUCAUACAGGCUUGGGCGGACGCGUUCCGGAGCUCGCCGGACCUCACCGGUGUCGUGCACGUGUACGAGGAGCUCAAGAAGAAGGGGAUCGAGUUCCCCUCCAGCACCACAGAGACCCUGUCGCCCAUACACACUCCUCAGAGGAGCGUGCGCAUCAAAGCGCCGACGGAGCUCAACAACGCGCAGGCAGGCGCGCCGAGGCCCGUGGUGCACGCCCCGCUCCCCGCGCAGACCCGGCCCCAGCCCACCGGCGCCCCCAGCCCCCUCUACGCCAACGCCAACCACAACUUCCAGGCGAACCCCGCGACGAUGGAGCCGCUGGCGGUGGGCAUCCCCACCGUGCCCCAGCCCCAGCCUGACGGAAGCAUCACCCCACACCCGAGGCAGAUCUCAAAGUUGCGGGCCGAGCUGGAAGUUGUUCAGGGGAACAUCAAGGUGAUGUCGGAAAUGCUGAACGAGGUCGUGCCGGGCCAGGAGAACUCCUCCGACCUGGAGCUUCUACAGGAGCUCAACGGGACGUGCCGCACCAUGCAGCGCCGCGUCAUGGAGCUCAUUUCGCGCGUGGCCAGCGAACCGAUCACGGAGGAGCUGCUCCUCGUCAACGACGACCUCAACAAUGUGUUCCUGCGCUAUGAUCGGUUCGAAAGGUAUCGCGCGGGCAGAGCUCCUCAGAACGUGGCGCGCGACUCGGGGGAGGCCGCCCUCUACUCGACGGUUUUACGAAACGCUGCCUCCCCGCUGCCGGACGCUGCCGACGACAACCUCAUCGACCUUGGGCCCGGCUCCCCGUCCGUCAUGACGGGGUCUCGUGGCAGCGGCAACCUCUCCUCACAGCUCGCCGGCAUGGGCCUGGCCGGGGAGAGCGUGAGCGGCACCCUCACGUCGCUGGGCGGGGAACGCAUCGCAAGCGGCAGGGCCCAGGCACUGCAGAAUGCGCCGGACAGCUUCCCUCGCAGAGAAUUGGUUCACGGCGAGCACGAGGAAGACCCCGCGAUCGCUGCCAUGCUCCCCGAAACACACGACCAGAUAGACACCUGGCUCGCGCGACAAGGCAUGAUUCCCAUCUCCCAGCCCGGGGUCAUGGACGACAUUGAACAGUGGUUAAACACCGAUGUGUCGGAGGAGAAAGAAGGAGUCACGAGUGAAGAGUUCGACAAGUUCCUGGAGGAGCGGGCUCGAGUCGCCGACCAGCUACCGGACUUGCCCUCGCCACCGUCAGCCGCCCCCUCGCGGCCCGAGCCGCCCGCCGCCACCGCCGUCGCUGCUGCCGCCCGCGCGCCAACACAAAACCGCGCCCGCAAGCAGAAUUCCGACGACGGUUUAAUGGCAAUUUAAGUUAAUUUGUUUGAUCGCUUCCUCGUCAUUUUAAAAAUAAAACGUUUAAUCUCCAUUAGCAGUCUUCGCUCGCUUGCGUGCGCAUAUUUAUGCUCUACACUCUUAACUGUAAUUUUAGUUACUUUCGCCGUAUUUCAUUUUGAAAUCUCACCAGGCGUCUUGAUAAUUUUAAAAAGUUUGAUUUUGUACUUACCAUUUUAUUUUUUUAUUUCAUGCAGCGGUGGCGGAUCACACCAGCCGGCUGGCCUGAUUGCUGUAGCUUCUCUUGAUGCUGUGGCCUAGAGCAGCUGCAGGCUGCAUGCUGCACCCCGCUUUUGCGGCAAUGCCACGUGGUCCCAGAGCGACGGCUCACUAUCGAAACUAAGCUCCCCCCCUGCCCGCCCACAAUUGACAUUCAUUUGCAGCCAUAGGGCAAGCUCACUUGCAGCAAGGGAGUGCAUGAGAAUUCGUAACCAUCCCACCAGUUGGCAAUGUUGUGUCAACAAUGCAAUUCUGGGUCUUGAGUGAUGUUGAUAGUGUACUUUAUAUAUGUGUUAUAUUAUUUGUGUCCAUUUCCAUCGUCCCCUUUAGGUUUGAUUCUUAAAAACUCCAACUUUAACUUUGUGUUGUUGUGCUUGAAAGCUAUAAUCUGCAAAUAAGUGCUCUGAUGUAAUUGAAAUGAAAAGCAUUAUAAUGAGUGCACUAAUCCCAUUAAGCAUUACCUGAAGACAUGUUUUUUAGUUUCUGACGAAAUGGUUUCCUGUGUGUGUAUCAAAGCUUGCAUGUGCUGUGGUGCUGUAACUUGGACACUGGGUAACAGGGCAGACGCAUGAUCCAUUUACUGGUGAGUUGGCUUUAGGACCCAUAGAGGAUGAGGUGAAAACUGCCCAAGUGACGGCUCUUCCAAAUUGUGAACAUUAUGCCAUGGAUUUACUCCAAUGGCAAAACAAUUGUGUGUUGGUUUGCAGUGCUCAGUUAUGUUGGAUGUUUUAAAUUAUUUAUGCUUUAUUGUACAAACUAACAGGUCAGCAUUGAAUUCGGUUACCAAAACGGUACAGUGUGAGAACUUUUAUGAGGCUGGAAUAUCUACGGCAAAUGCACGCCCGUAUUAUUUUUGCUAUCCAGCCGAUAUUUGGGACCUCGUGAUAUCAGCACGGGGCCACUGUGUGCAUGAGUUCUGGCUCUAAUCUCUUUGAAUAAAAUGAAAGUUUUGCCAUUGGA